AUGGAACAGCCAAGUCUCCUCCCGCGCAUGGCGGGCAUGGACAUGGGCAGCUCUGCCACCAACAACUCUUGCUCCGUCGAGAUGCUCUGGAACUGGAACACAAUCGACUCAUGCUUCCUCGCCUCCUCUUGGCAUGUCACCUCCAAGGGCAUGUUCGCCGUCUCCUGCAUCGGCGUCGCCCUGCUCGGCGUCUCCCUCGAAUUCCUGCGCCGGGUCAGCAAAGACUACGAAGAGGGUCUGCAGCGGCAGUUCCAGCGACACGCGAUGUCCCAGCUCGACGAUCCCUUAGUGUGCGGCGGUACAGCGAACGUCGUCUCCUACCGCGCCAGUCCCAUCCAGCAGAUCAUCCGGGCGGUGUUGCACGUGGCGCAGUUUGCGGUCGCGUAUAUCACCAUGUUGAUCGCGAUGUAUUACAACGGGUAUAUGAUUAUUUCGAUUUUCAUUGGCGCGUUUCUGGGCAAGUUGUUCUUUGAUUGGGGGCAAUAUAAAGUCGUUCUGGGCCAGACGCAGGGGCCGCCACCACAGGCCAAGGCUGCUGAAGUGGAGGGCGAUGCGACGAAAUGCUGUGGGUGA